AUGCGCUCAUCGUGAUAUUCAUGUCCGCUGCAAAUGCACAAACCGGUGCACAGCCAAAGCUGACUCGAUGACAAGCUUACGCAUGACAUGUUCCGCACGUCGCGUGUGCAUUGCCGAAGGCCUUUUCUAUGAACGUAUAUAGCUUCCUGAUCAGAGUAUUGAGGGAGCAGUGAAGGCGUUUGGAGGGCGUGCCACCGUGCCCUGACUGGCCCGGCGGGGAGUAUUUGCCCGGGUUUGCCCGGGUGCACUUACCGGGCUGCAGUUGGCUGUCGUGGGAGCCUAGUAUGUAUUGCUGCUUGGCGGUGCACGGUUUACACCACGGGCGCUUGGCCAACAGCUUCGCAGCAUGCAGCUGUUUCAAAUCAUAGCGUUGCAGGACCAGGGGUGCGCAGGGCGUACGGUAGGGGUGCUGCGACGGCACUCUGGCAUGGUAUGCGCAUGCCAUGGUUGCUGUGGAAUGGAAUUGCGCUGGGAUACGCAGGAUGGGCACGCAGAGAAGAGGGGGGCGAGGUUGGGGGCCUGGGGGGCCUGGGGGCGAGCUCGAUCCAAAUUCAAAGUCGACAUCGAGCUGCACAUGGGUGUACUACUGUUCCUGUGUAGCAUGCUCACUACGUACUCAGCUCACUACAGAACUGAAAUGGUGACGCACGUUUUGAACGUGCAGCUGAUCCUGUGAACGUGUGUCGACUCUCUGUGGCAAGAGAAGCUUAGACCAAGCUUUCUUUAUUGGAACGCUGGGAAAUAAGCAGCAUGUGCCUGGCGGGUCUAUAAAGGCUUGGAGGAAACGGGCAGAAUGGCGACGACGUUGCAGCAUUACGCCGCUUCGGUCUAUGGCACCGAGGAGGCUGCCGACUGCCGACUGCGAUUCUACGUUUCCCAGGCGCACACAGAGCAGGAGCAGAGUGGCCAAGCAGACCCCGGUGCCGGCAGCAGCGGCACGGCAACGGCCGCGCAGCUGCAGCAGCCAAGCCGCACGUUCGUCGGCGAGCCCCUGCCAGCACACAGCCUCAUCCUGCGGGGCACCUCAUUCCGCCUGCGUGCGCUGCUGUCUCGAUGGACGGGCGAAAGCGCCCAGCCGUGGUCUGGCGGCUCCCUGCCUGAGCUCCACGUGCUGCUAGACGCGGCGGAGGACCUGGGCCCAGCGUCUGAGGUGGUGCGGUUCUGCUACACGGGCCAGCUCACGGAGUUGGACUUCCAUGCGCUGUUGCUGGUGCAGCGCCAGGCGAGCUAUCUGCAGGUGCCCACCUGUGCGGCUGCGUGCGACACAGCGCUGGAGGCAAAAGCGAAAAGCUUGUUGAAGCAGACAAAGCCUGAGCAAAUCCUUGCUUGCCUCUCCGACCAUUCUCUCUUCCCCGACCCUGGGCUCGAGCCGGGCUUCCGGCCGGUGCAGCAGGCGCUCACCUCCGCACUGCUGGCCCACUUCGGAUGCGCCUUCAGCAUCAUGAGCAGCUGGGCGCGGCUGCAGCAGUGGAUGCAGCUGCCGGAGGUGGCGGUGGCCUGGGCGCUGGCGAGCGAGGAGCUGCAGACGGACGAGGAGAGUUCGGUGCUGCUGCUGGUGCUGUGGUGGCUGCACUGGCAGCAGCACGAGGCGGGCGUGCUGGGCUGGGAGGAGGCGGGCGCGGCGGGUCGGCGCCUGAUGCAGCACGUGCGGUUGGGCUGCCUGAGCCGCCCCUUCCUGCUGGUGCUGCUUCCUCAGCUGGAGUGGCUGCAGCUGACGCCGGCGCAAUACGCGGCCGUGCUCGCGCUGGGCACGGCGAGCGGCGCGGAGCGGACCUGCGGCAUGUGGGGGCCUGGUGGCGGGAGUGCGGGCACUAGCAGCGACGCCUUCAGCAGCUUGGGCUCGCCGCAGGGCGCAGCGGCCUGGUAUUGUGGGCCGCGCAAGCGGAGCAUGACCGCUGCCCGUCAGCUCACUUGUGUCCGCCAUUUCUCAAACGCCGGCAUGAGCAGCCUCAUCAGCACGGGAGCGUGCCCGUUGGUGACGAAGAUGUGCAUUUCCCACGUGGCGGCGGCGGCGGGGGCCUCGCGAGCCCCUCUCUGGCACCACGCCUCGGGCGCCGCUCUGUGGUGCGCCACACAGCCGCACCCGGUCCACACCGACCCCAAGUCCAGCCCAUGGGCCGGCGGCGCGGUGUAUCAGGGCGGCUUCUUCUUCGGCCUCGAGCUGGCUCGGCGGCACGACAUGGACAUGGCACAGCCAUCCGCCGCUGGCGUAGGGGAGCUGCGGCUAUGUCUCGCUGCCUAUGAGGCGCUGCCGCCGGGGCUGCGGGGUCGCAUGCGGCAGCACGCCUUCGCAAGCGUGGACGCACUUGUCAGCGUCAAGUGCGCGGCUCGGGACUUGGGCGCACUGACCUGCCGGCUGACCCCGGGCGCCCCCCUGCCUGUGCGUGACUGGUGGUCGCACGACUUCUCCUUCGCGGCUAAAGCGGUCACGGCCGUCGUGCUGCCUCUUGCCGGCAGUAGCCCGACACGGGCGGAGGCGUGGAAAGCCUACAUGACCACGACCGCGCACGGCAGCUUCCUGGCCUGCGAGCUCACCCUGCAGCCACGGCCGCCGCCCGGUGCUGCGGCGCCGCAGCCCGUUGCGCCUGUGAGCCCCGAGGCCUACGCGUGCAUGCUGCUCGCGGGCCUUGAGCUGCCGGACGACGACGGUCCUCAUCAGGAGUGGGACCUGGAGGAGCUCGACACGGAGGAGGAGGAGGAGGAGGAGGAGGAGGAGGAGGAGGAGGAGGAGGAGGAGGAGGAGGAGGAGCUCAGCGAUGACAGCGAGGAGGACGAGGAGGCUGGUGAGGACGUGGGCAUGCCGCAGGCUGCAGGUUCUGACGCAGACACGGACGGCCGCGACCCGGACUGGACGCCCAACAAGGCGCCUGCCUGGCGCAGCGGAGGUAGCGGCGCGGAGGGCAUGGAGGUGGACGGGGGCGAGGGGCAGGAGGUGGAGCUGGGGCUGGAGGCGGGCCCGUUCCGGGCUGUGUUGUUGGAUUUGCUGCGGCGGGACCGGGAGGCAGAGAUACAGGGCAGCGAUGAUGACGAUGAGGAGCUGGUGCAGGAACAGUGAAGCGCACGGGAAGGCCGGGCGCGAAGGAGGGCGGCAUCCAGCACCGCGUAUAGGCGGCAGGCGCCUUGGGGCAGCGCCGAAGUCAAGUGCAGCACAAAAAAGUAACGUGGUGCUGGACUACUGCUGCGGGACCGUGGCAGUGAGUGGCGCGGUGUGUCUCGCGCCGCUAUGGCACGGGCGUGGCGGGGCAGCCGUAUGACCAGACACGGCGAAGAGUGCAUGGGUGGUUGAGCUCAGGGGUACUGAGGCUACUGAUACAGUAUCACUGACCCGCGAGGGAACUGGGCGGGACUGAUUGCGCAAAAAGGACAAAUGUGAAAUGUGGCAUGCCAGUGCGGGUCUGGGAGAGAGCAACGCCGUGUGUGUGCAUAGCAGCUGCCCUUUGCGGGUGGGAGUGAUUGCGUGUGUGCGCUGUGCGUACAGAUGUUCCGCAGCAGCGGGCGAUUCCUGCACGUCGAGUAGAGGCGCAGGAGAUGCACAUAACUUGGUAGUCUUUAGCCAGUUGCUCAGUAGUUCGCGCGGUUUAGUGGGUACCGCGAGUAGGGGCGAGGGAUUGCGCUGUGCUGUAUCAGGGGGCUCCGAGGGAUUGCAUGACGCGUGUGUGCGCAUGCAUCGCCGGUUGGCCCGGCCACUGUUGUUACAGGCUCCUCAGCUGCAAAUGUUGUAGUGGUUGUUAGCAAACAAAAGCUAAACACGUCGGUGGAGGGACAGAGUACAAGCUGUCAUGACCUGAGUUUCCACGGCCCUGUGACAACUGGGCAUAUCUUCGUCGUUUAUGAAACGUAGUUGC